CUCCAACCGUCCUGCACCACCACCCCACAACCCCCUCUUCUCAGUUCUCUCACGCAGCGAGGGACAAGGGUAGAUCCGUGGCUCGUUGGAAUGUAACCGUUUCUCGUUGUCCUCAUCCUCUCCAAAGGCGAGAAGGAAACGAAGAAAACCCUAGAUUUGGUCUCCUCCGAUCAAGUCUUUGUUGAAGAAAAAAGGUACCUCAUUCGUAGUUUGAUCGGAUCUGUGAUCGAUUUGAGGCUCCCGACGGAAGAGAUCGUCGCGUUUGACGUCGGAGAACGCCGUAAUAUUGAGAUUUGGUACUUCGGUGAGUGAGAUUUGCUGUUCUUGUUUUGUUGGAAGUGUUUCUUGGCCUUUUCGAAAGAUGUUUGCCGAGGAUUGCCGGGAGAUUCAGUUCUUGAUGGCGUGGGAGGUUAAUCAGGUUGGUAGGGUUGGCUUACACUGAGAGAGGCGGUGAUCUGGAUGCGGGUUUGUUCGAUUGUGCAGGCGAUAUUGCUUUUUGGUUAUUGUUGGAUGGAUUUCCUGAUCUUCUGUUCUUUAUCUGGAGAUCUGGCCUUAUUGUGCUCCAUUCUUUUUUCUUAAUCUUCUAGUCACGGUGUGGAAUUUGAAUGCCCCCUCUUAAGCUUUUCAGUUCUGUAAAAUUUUUGAGGAUUCUGUGGUAUGAAAGUUGAAUGGACUUGAUUUGAAGUCAGAGUUUCAACAAUUGGUCAAUGCACCGAGGUUAAUUUGUAUGACCUGAUUGCCUUUUGUGCCUUGUUUAUUUUUAAUUUAUAGUUUACAUCUUGUAUUAAGUGUCGUUAUCAGUGAAAAGUAUCUGUUUUUCUGGAUGGAUCUGCUUGUGGAAUAAGAAUUGUUCUGAUCAUCAACAGUGUGAAAAGGAACGCUUCAAAUCUGAUGUCAUUUCUGAUUGCUUUAAAACAAUAUUUAUCAAGAUUUAGCUUGAGAGGACAGGAACUUUGCUAGUGGCCCUGAGUUCAGUUAUUAGAGUGCUGUAAUCACCAUUGGUUUGGACAUGAGAAAACCCUGGGCUCACGAACACUUAGUCAUUUUUGGCCGGUGCCCAUCUUUGAAUUCAUUGAUUCUUUACUUCAUCAUUGUUAUUGCAUUAAUCACUGUCUUAAGCUCACCAUAUCCAGCUAGCUGGAAUUCCAUAGGUCAAUCUCCAGUACCUUACAUAUAUAGGAAUUACAGGAGGUUAAGGGAGCAAACAACUAGUGAUCUUUUAGAGAUACAGGCACUCUCCUUUGGGAUAACACCAUUGGGCGAGCUUCAGUUUUGUGGGAGAGAAAGAGAUAACAAUGUUCCUUGUUACAAUGUCUCUGCAAACCUGUUAGCUGGGUUUCAUGAUGGGGAUGAAGUUGAUAGACACUGUGAAGUGGAUGAUGUUGACACAGGUUGUCUGGUUCGUCCUCCAAAGGACUAUAAGAUCCCAUUGCGGUGGCCAGCUGGUAAGGAUAUAAUAUGGAGUGGCAAUGUGAAGAUUACAAAAGAUCAGUUUCUUUCUUCUGGCAGCAUGAAAAAAAGGAUGAUGCUUCUGGAGGAUAAUCAGAUUGCCUUCCACUCUGAGGAUGGUCUGACUUUUGAUGGUGUCAAAGAUUAUUCACGUCAAAUUGCAGAAAUGAUAGGCUUAGGAAGUGACUCUGAAUUCCUUCAAGCUGGUGUCCGGACAGUGUUGGACGUGGAAUGUGGUUUUGGUAGCUUUGGAGCUCACUUAUUCUCAUUGAAAUUAAUGACUACUUGUAUAGCAGCUUAUGAGGUAUUUGGGAGUCAAGUCCAAUUAACCCUUGAAAGGGGUCUUCCUGCAAUAAUUGGGAAUUUUGUUUCAAGGCAACUUCCAUAUCCAUCACUCUCUUUUGACAUGGUCCAUUGUGCUCAGUGUGGAAUUAUCUGGGACAAAAAGGAUGGUGCUUUCAUAAUUGAAGUUGAUCGGCUACUUAAGCCAGGAGGAUACUUUGUUUUGACAUCGCCUACCAGCAAAGCUCAAGGUAGUUCACUCGGUGCACGAAACAGCAUCAUCUUCGCAUUCAUUGAAGAAUUUGCCCAGAAAAUCUGCUGGAGUCUAUUAGGAGAGCAAGAUGAGACAUUCAUUUGGCAGAAGACUGCAGAUUUCAAUUGCUAUGCAUCUCGCAAGCAGGGUGCUGUACCUCUCUGUACAGAGGAAGACGAAGAAUCAUAUAAUAAAGCCCUCCUUGCAUGUUUAAGUGGAACUACCAGCAAACGGUGGGUUCCCAUCCAAAACACAUCCAACUGGCUUGCUGGCUCCCAAUGGAACUUAGAAGAACUUGACAUUCAUGAAGUUCAUCCCGAUGAAUUCAUGGAGGACUUAAAUGCAUGGGAGACAACUAUAAAAGACUAUUGGCCUUUGCUUACGCCCUUGAUAUUUUCGGACCAUCCAAAGAGGCCCGGUGAAGAAGAUCCGUUACCUCCAUUUAACAUGGUGCGUAAUGUCAUGGACAUGAAUGCUAAUUUUGGAGGGCUAAAUGCUGCACUUUUGGAGGCUGGAAUGUCUGUUUGGGUGAUGAAUGUUGUACCAACUGGGGUUCAUAAUACACUUCCCCUAAUACUUGAUCGAGGUUUUGCUGGUGUUUUGCAUAACUGGUGUGAACCCUUUCCAACAUAUCCCCGAACAUAUGAUUUGCUUCAUGCUAUGGGGCUUCUAUCUCAUUAUCUCACUUUAGAGAAGUGCAGUCUAUCGGCCUUACUAUUGGAAAUGGACCGCAUUUUGCGGCCAGAGGGAUGGGUUGUUUUACAUGAUAAAGUUCAGGUGAUAGAAAAAGCAAGAGCACUUGUGACUCAGAUUCGUUGGGAUGCACGGGUUAUUGAGUCACAGAAUGAUAGCGACCAGCGGUUGCUUAUAUGCCAAAAGCCAUUUUUGCGGAAAUGAUUAGCUUUUGCCUGGGAAAUUUUGGAUCUGCUGAUGACGUGUUCCAAUUAUGGACAGUAUUCAUGAAAUUCACUGUUUCAUUAUAUUCCCAGAUGCUUUUUGAUUGGAUACAAUGGAGUGUAUAAUCAUAAAGGCGAAAAAGGGGACUAUCAAUCAUCACAGAGUUCCACGUCCAUUUACCAAAAUUUUGUAGUGUAUUAUUAAAUUGAAAAUUGCAGUAUCUGAGUGGCACUAAUUAUUCUUUUGAGGAGAGAGGUGGGUGACAAGCUGACAGCAGUGACGUUUUAUUUUAACAUCAGUGUAACCUUUUGCUUU